CAAUAACUUCAUUAUUAAAAAAAAAAAAGUAUCAAGAACGAGAUAAAAAAUACAUUUUAUAAGCUGACUAUACAUUAUUUUAAGUGUUUACAUGUUAUCAUUUCUUUUCAGUGGACAACCAGCCAAUGCUGUACUACAUAAGAGAUAAGACAGCCGUGCCGUACUUUUCCAAUCUAGUCUGGUUCAUUGGGAUUCAUGUGAUUGAGCUGGAUAAAUGCGUUCAAACAGACGAAGAGCAUAAAAACCGGGGAAAACUCAGCAAUUUGGUUACACAGCAUCUGGAUCACUUGCACUACCUAAGCGAUAUCCUGAUCAUUAACUGCGAGUACCUAAAUGACGUCCUUACAGACCAUCUGCUGAACCGACUGCUGCUCCCUCUCUAUGUCUAUUCGCUGGUGAAUCAUGACCAGACAGAAGAUCGCCCAAGAAUAAGUCCUCAGGUUGCCCUGUACCUACUAUCCCAGGUCUUUUUAACCAUCCAUUAUGCACCUUUGGUCGACUCCUUGGCAGAUGUGAUAUUAAACGGAGACCUUUCAAUGUUUUCAUCCAAAGCAGAACAGGAUGCCCAGAGAUCGAUAGAAUCCAGUAUUCGAUGCUUCCAAAAACCAGCUGAAAGUUUAGAGAAAUCCCUAGAAAUUAACAGGCAAAGAGGGAAGAAGAAGCUACAAAAAAGGCCCAACUACAAAAAUGUGGGCGAGGAAGAAGAUGAGGAGAAAGCAGCAGAAGAUGCCCAAGAAGAUCUGGAUAAGGCUAAAGGUACAGAGAGUAGUUCAAAAGGCGUCAAGACAGUUGGGGAAACAGAAGGUGAGUGUAGGAAAGCACUAUACACGCCAGCUCUCACUGUGUUGUGGUGCUCGCUCUAGUCCUGUGUUGGUGGCAUUUUGUAUUGUUUGGUGGUAGACUAUGUCUUCAACUGUUGUAGGUAAAUUUCACUUUUUUUAAUUCCCUUCUAAAUUUAGUAUCUCUCUAUAUCAAAUCUGCUCUUUUUAAAAUAGCACUGAUGUCUUUAAGGUCUUUAAAGUUUACCCAUUGGCGACAACAGCAAGACUAAAUAGAGGUGCACUAGUAGAGGUUUGCGCCAUAUGUAGAGUGAUCGGUAAAUGACCAUGAUGAUUUCAAAUAGAACUCUAGAGUUGUAAAAACAGGAUUCAUCUAUAGUCGAGCAACCCAAAAUGUAACCUGUGACUGUAUGGGAUAUACUGGGAGAUGUACACUGGAGUAUUUAGAUAAUGCGGUUUUGAUUAAAAUGAAACUUCCUCUGCUUCUUUCAUAUGUGCAUCACAUAAUCUGUAAUUGUUGUAAUAUAAAUAAAAUAAAUCCCCAAUAACCUCCAAAUAAUUGGUGCAACUGUAUACAGACUCAAUUUUUCUUGUGAUAUCUCAGACUCUGUCCCUCCCCUUUCCCUCCUUCUCUUUCUCUCUCUCUCCUCUUUUUCUCUCUCUCUCUCUCUCUCUCUCUCUCUCU